AUGUCGAAUCGAGGCGAGAGCGUCAUCCUCCCUAGCAAUGCCGUCUUCCUAGUUCACAAGGUUGGCGGAACCAAAGCCGGUCGAGGAUCUCAAUGGGAAACUCGCACAAAGUCGAUGCGCGUCGCUCCGGACCUGGCGCCUCGUAUAUCCGUGACAGUCGACAGAAACAAUGAGUCGAAAUCAAACGCCAACAGCAUCGAUGGGGAUGCUCUGGAGUUUGUCGCCUACACACCUGGAAAACGACAACAGUUAACAAAGCGGUCAAAAGAGGUCAAACGCGGUCGGCGUACCAAACGCUCUGUUACACCACCAAAAGAUCGCUCUCUGGUAUCUGUUAAAAAGGAACCGAGGUUGUCUCGCAACCCAAGUCCUAUGCCGCCGGAACUUCCCGUUGCCCUGGUAGGACAUGCUCUUCUUUACAUCAAUUAUUACUUUCAUUCAAUUGCCGCUGACUCAUAUACCCUACCAUGUCUUCUUUUCAACCCCGCCAAAAGAGACUGGUUUCCCAAAAUGAUGGAAGACGAAGCUUGGCGGUGUAUCAUUUUGUCUCUCUCGGCCAACGCGCUGGCUUCGCUGACAGGCUCCCCCUCCAAUUACGUCGACUCUCACUCUCUUCUUGAUGAGGCGCUGCGGCAACUCAAGAGCCGGGUCGCGUCUGGCUCUCUUCCCACGGAUCAGACGCUGGGUGCAAUAUCAUGUUUGGCCAUGUGGAGCAAUGACCAAGGUAAUCAUGAUAAAGCUUGGAUUCAUGCCCAAGGUCUUGCAGAACUCGUCAAAGUGCGAGGCGGCUUUGCCAAUAUCGAUAAUAGGAUGAGAUCUAAAGUAUAUCGCGGCGUUUUUGAUAUUGCAGUAGACGUUGAUAAGCCACCACUACUAGAUGAAGGCCUCCGAGACUCUCCAAGCAGAGAAAUUAUUUCAGAAGACAGUUUAGACUCAGAAUCCGAGCUAGCUUCAACCGAGUGCCGAGUCCCGCCGCGACUAUCAAGCAUCUUCCACGAUAUCACACAGCUUAACACCGUUGUUGACGAUGCCAUGACUCGCAACAUCAAGCUGGAUACGGAUAACCUCUAUGAGUCUGUCUUUGGGCUUUACAAUCGCCUUCUCAGUUGCCAAUCGGACAAGAUGAGCGACUGCGACAACAGCCUCCGCAUCUCUCUGAUCUUAUAUAUCAAGUCUCUUACAUCAGUUGGGCGUUUCAACGCAACUUCGAUGAACUUGGUUCGCAAGCUACAAGCUUCUAUCCAAGGCUGCUUGCACUCUCCAUCGCCUCUAACGCGAUGGAAGCUAUUUAUCGGUAGUAUCGCUGCUUCAGAUGGGACUACUGAACAGCAGUGGUUCUUACAGCAUUCAGCUAUGGCCAUGGGUGAGAGCGACAUGGCCAGCCCAGACAGCUGGAUGACGUUCCAGGAAGAGCUGAGCAGUAUCUUGUGGGUUAAACCAGUCCUUGAAGCUGCUGGAUAUAAUCUGUGGUUGCAGAUAACGGGAGCCAACUCUACGUGAUGAUGAGUCAAAUCCAAUUAUCAACACAGGCUUUGCAGUCUAUAAGAAGCAAUACGCCUACUAUCCACAAAUGAAACGACAUCGAUUCCUCUGAAUCUAGGGUCAAGAGAGCAAGAUCGAAUUCCUCGCAAACACCGCCUCCACUGAUGAUCCGCAGACAUUACUCUCACACCAAACAUCCUACCUAAGCACGACCAAAAUCAACGCUAUGGGAAACACAAAUUAACACCCUUAUUUAUUACUUAAAAGAAAUUUUUUCUAAAUAAAACAAGCGUGUUAAUAUCCACCCCACUUACAACAAGGGAUGCUACAUGCGGGAUAUCACCACGAUCGACUAAACUUCCAACAUCACCGCAUUCAAA